GUGAAGUGUGUUGUUUCCUAACAAUGGACUGUAAAGUUCCAGUUAUGUUCACUUAUUUGGGAAUUAUAAUAAUAUUUUCCACGUUCGGGCAUGCCUAUGCAGAUACUACAGUAUUUGAUAUAGACAGCGUUAUAAAAAAUCAACUAACUAAAUGUGGAAACGAUAUAAUCGUACGGGAGGGUUAUACAAUGAAAUUGACUUUUGAAUCUCAGAGUCGUUAUGUUAAUUUGGCAUUUUGUUGGAAUGAAUCAACAAAAACUUACUUAAAUGGGAAAUUAAACAUCUCGAAUGGACAUACAAUCACAUUUGAUAUUGUUGGCAGCGAGGAGUAUGAAGGGUUAUGGAACUGCUCAUUUUUGACUCACAUUGAUCAAAACGUACGCGACAGUGUCCUUUACGAGGGGAAAUAUUAUGCCCCUUUCGCAAACUGCUCCUUAAUGGUCAGAAUAAAACGAGACGUUACUCUAACCGUAUCCAGUACCACGACCACAAAUUUGGUGGCAGCCAAAGCGACUGAUAAAGGUUACUACAGAUUCAUAGAAGGCAACAAAAUUACUUUUGAAUGCAAAAAAGGUCACACGAACGGAGAAUUUUUGCAAUCAGGAUAUUUGGUUUUGAAAUUUUGUUGGAAAGACAAAAGUUGUGCAGAUCUAAAAAGAAAUUUAACUGUGGUGCGAGAUACCAUGGAACUAAACAGUACUUUCGACGAAAGUAUAUUACACUGCAUUUAUAACAACUCGGUCGGUUACCAAACUGAUGCUGCAAUAGUAUUACAAAUAAAGGCCCAAUCGCGUCCAGAGAUCACAGUGGAAGGUCUUGCAAUCAGAGAACCGAGGUCAUCGGAAAGUAAACAUACCUUUGAUGGAACAGUAAACCAAACUUUGGAAUUGGUCUGCACAAAUAACGAAAACUGGGGCAACAUUCACUGGGAAGUUUGCAAUGGAUCUGGGCUCAAUUGCAAGUCACAAACACUCGCAUCUGAUAAAACAUUAAAAAUAAACUUCACUCUAUCGGCGGAUAAAAAAAAUACCACAGUAAAAUGUGUUCACACCUUCAAUGCUCUUAGAGAGGAGACUCCCGUAUUUUUGUAUGCAAAUGAGCCACCAGUUCUUACAACAAAAAAUGAUAUGAUUUUAAAUUACACCAGAGGCACAGACACUUACGAGUAUGUCACAGAGCGAGAAGAUAAGGAAACGAUAAGAAUCAAAUGCAAAAGUCGAGAAAACUCUGGCUCGUUGUCCUGGAGAGAUUGCAACAAUGCUGCACAGAAAUCAUGCAACCAAACUCAGGAUAUUUAUAACAGAUCAAUAGAAAAAGUAAUACCAUGGAAUUCUGAAAAAAUCGAGGUAUUUUUCUAUUGCGUAUACAAGAACAGCCGCAACUAUAACGUUUCUUCCAAAGUAAAUAUUGUUGUACAUCCCAGCAUGUCUACCCGAUCAGUUCGAAGCGUUGAUGAGACUACAGUGAUCCAGAUGUCUUCGGAUUCGGAGUCAUCGACAGAUAUUAUUUUUGAGGGAAAAAUCGGUGAACGUAGAUCUUAUGAUUGUAAGAUUAAACAUUGGAAAGAAACCAGCACAGUCCAUUGGGAAUUUUGCGAUGAAUAUGGUCUGAAUUGUAGCUGUUCAGAUGCAAGAUUUGAAAGGCUGUCACAAAACAUCACUUUGGCAGAAGGAUCCAAUGGUACCAUAGCAAAAUGUGUACUUUCGUUCCAUUACGAUGAUAGCACAUAUGAAAAAACCAUACGUUUAUACGCAUAUCACCCACCAAAGCUUACAAAUAAAGAUGGCGUAGAAUUCCAAUCCUACAACUCAGACUACGUCGUGGAAGGAACUGACGGUGAAAAUAUUAUAAUUAGAUGUUUCAAUAGACAAUACACUGGGGUCUUGUUUUGGCGGACGAGUAGCGAUACUACAUCAAAAUUAUGUGAAACUGAAGACGGUACAAAAUGUAAUAUGAUUGAAAAAUCAUUUUGGUUGAAACCAGAUCUUAAUGGGACGCUUUUGUAUUGUGUAUUUAAGACUGAUCGCGGACAUGAAAUAGCUACUAAGGCUACAUUUGUGAUCCACCCUAAAACUCAGAUUAAUGCAGCCGAAGCAACCACUGCAAGAUUUGGUCAGACUCCAAAAGAGACUUCCAAAAGUUCCAACUCAUCUCCCACGAAGUCUCCAGACGUGGUGACCCCACCAAGAUCUGCAUCAUCAGCCACAUCAUCUAAAGCUACUACAACGGUAUCAACCCCUAUCACUACCAAGCAGACUCAAAAAGCAACUUCUAACACAACUCCUUCGAAGUCAUCAACCAAGACCGCUCCUGCAUCCGGCGCACCCUCAAAAGGUGAAUCUACAACAAUAUUGAACAUUAAAAAAAAUGGCGAUAAAGCGUCUAGUUUCACAAAUGGCGAAAAACUGUGCUUUAGUUGCUACGACACAAAAAUUGAUGCAAAAAAAUGUAUUAUUAAACUUAUCACUCCUGGACAAGAAGUUGAAGUACCGGUGGUGAAAGAAAAUGAAAAAAUCAACCACCGAAAUAGUUAUUCUGGAUAUUUGGAAAUGAACUUUACGAGCACAGAUGUAGAAGUUAAAUGCCUAAUAUUUGGAAACGCCAGUGACGAAAAACCCAGUACGAGUAAGCUUCUGAUAUUGAAAAGGAAGAACCCUGACUUUGAACCCGAGGGAAAUCCUGAUCUAAACAAUACAAUUUUAGCUUUUCUAAAAGCGGAAUGGAUGUGGGUGGCUCUAGGUGGUGGAGUUUUAAUGUUACUCAUUGUGAUCACAGCUACAGUGAGAGCUUUCAGGAAAGGCAAACGUGAAGAGGCAAUGGUGCAACGAGCCAGUGUGAACUACGAGAGCUUCACAAAUGAGCCACAGGAGCCAACGCCUCCGUUCCCACAAGGACCUAAACUGGAGCAGACUUACCUCGCCCCCAUAGACUUACAGGAAUCCCCGUACGCUACGUCCCGUCCAGAGAACGACACUUACGCUCUUCCCUACACUCCCAGCAACGUUGAAGAACUCUAUUCAAAACCAGUACCAAAACGUUCAAGAAUAAAUGAACUAUACACCAAAGUGCUCCCGAAAAGCCUUAGAAAACAGCAGGAAUCAUCCAAAUAUGUAAACUCUGCCGAGCUGACCUAUGCUGAAAUUAGUCACACAGGCCCUUCUAAAAAACCCGUGGCUCAUAAACAAAUCCAAAAGGAAGAUAACUAUGCCGCAGUUGUACAUAACAACUAUGUUAAUGUGAAUAAAGAUACAAAAUACGGGAAAGCAAGAAAUGAUGGGUAUUCUGAAGUAGUUCCAAAUACAACUUAUGCAAAUGUCACAAACGAUGUGUACGUGGAACCUAGUUAUUGUGAGUUAGGACGACACAAAUAAAUUAUUUCAAUAAGGUAUUGUAAAGGAGGAAACACAUUUAUCAAGCCGGAAGCGGUUCGUAACCGUAUAAACUCGAGGCGGUCAGUAUUCUUUGUAUGAAACUCCGUACUGCAACGCUCACUUAUCCGCACCGUAAUGUACAUAAACGCCUCGCCUCGCGUUGAUAAGUGUUCUAUGACCUUACAGGAUGAAAAUGAAGUCAUUGGCAUCCUUUUAGAAUAAAACUACUCAUAUCAUAAGUCCUUUUCAGUCAAAUGAGUUUUUUUGCCUUUAUUUUUACUAUUUAUUUGUAUUAGUGUGCUCUUAAAGAGUUUAAAAAUAUUCUACAGUCAACAGCCGAACCUAUCACUAUUCAACCCGGAAUAGCACGGUCAUAGCACACUUAUAAACCCGGAAAGGGAUCAACACCGUAUCGUCUUUCGCCGCAAGGUGAGGCGUUUACAUUACGGUGCGGAUAAGUGUGCGUUACAGUACGUAGGGACUAUGGAGUCUCAUACAAAGAAUACUGACCGUCUAAAGUCGAUACGGUUACGAUCCGCUUCCGGCUUGAUUGGUGUGCUUCAUCCUUUAGAUCAGGGAUGUUAUGGAUAUCCGUAACCGUAACCGAAACUUUCGAAUAUCCGUAACCGUAACCGAAACUUUCGGAUAUCUGUAACUAUAACCUAAACUUUCGGAUAUCCGAAAUAAAAAAAUACCCGAAACCGUAACCGAUUCAAAAGUUUCGGAUAGUUUCGGAUGUAGGCAGUUUAAAUUGUUUUGUGUAUGUAUAGC